AAUAUAGACGUGUGCUCCCUGUCUUGGCUAAGAUAUCAUAAAGUCUUACAUGGAAACUUAAAGCUUAAUGUCCUUUAGUUUAUCUUGAAUUUAUUCUUUCUGAAGUAGACAGAGUAACUGGACUGAUGAAACAAUUGACUUUGUAAUUGAAACUUGACAUCACAUUCCAGCUUUAAUGGUUUAAUGAACUAAGCCCUCAGUGUCUUUCCUAGAAAACUAAGCUAACAAAGUAUACUGAGUCUUCCUUAUAAGGAAUAACGUUGAUAAUAAACAAUGCAUGGAAUAUUUGUAGAAGCACUUGGCACUACAAAAUGCAAAUAAAAGAAGAAAAAACUCAUAAUAGUCUUUCACUACAAUUAAUUAUAAGAACUAUUUUAGCCAGAUGUGGUGGCACAUGUCUGUCAUCCCAGCCACUCAGGACGCUGAAACAAGGGAAUGGUAAAUUGGAGACCAGUUUGAGGAACAUAGCACAAUAUUGUCUAAAUAUAAAUAUUUUACAAGGGGCGGGAAUGUUGCUCAGUAGACCACUUGCCUUGCAUGUGUGACGCCUUGGCUUCAGUUCUCAGUACUGGAAAAAAAAAAAAAAAACAGAGCACACACAGCGAGAUAGUGAGUAUUAAUUCUGUAUAAGGGUCAGAUUUAAAUUAUUUUUUUUUCACCAUCAUAUUUUAGUUUUAAACUUGCUUUUAUUUUUGAUUGUUAGAAUGUAAGCCUCACUGCUAGAUUUUGGCUUCCUAUGGACAAAGACUGUUCCCAUAGAUUAAAACAAAUGAGAAUAAUCACUUGGCCUCUGACCUAAUAUUGUGGCAACAUUGCGUGUAGUUCCUCUAAGAAUUAGGUGUUAUAGUUUAGCUCCAGUUAGAUGUUUAAAAGUUUGUUGAGCUGAACUGCAGAACUGACCUUGGAAUGAAAGCUCCUUCUGAAACAAUUAUUCUUCAAGAAGCGAUUGGUAUUUUUAGAAGUGUGUUGAUAACAUUGCCUGUGGUUUAUUCUUUUUUCCUUCUAGGUUUCUGGGCUAGUUUUGUGCAAAUAAAAAAAAUAGAAGGAGAAGGAAGUCUAUCCUGACUAUGGGUUUGGGAGAGAGAUUACUCAGCACACACAGGCAAAGAUAAGCUGGUGUGUAGUUCCGGAAACGAUGUCUGUUUGCCACAACGUAAUGAACAUCUCCUGUGUGGGAAGCAACUGGUCGAGCGAUGUCCGUGCGUCCCUGUACAGUUUGAUGGUGCUCAUCAUUCUGACCACGCUGGUGGGCAACCUGAUGGUUGUCAUUUCCAUAUCACACUUCAAGCAACUUCACACCCCCACCAACUGCCUCCUUCGAUCCAUGGCCACUGUGGACUUUCUGCUGGGGUGCCUGGUCAUGCCUUACAGCAUGGUGAGAUCUGUGGAGCACUAUUGGUAUUUUGGAGAAAUCUUCUGCAAAAUUCAUACCAGCACUGAUAUUAUGCUGAGCUCAGCGUCCAUUUUCCACUUGUCCUUCAUUUCCAUUGAUCGUUACUAUGCUGUGUGUGACCCGUUGAGAUACAAAGCCAGGAUGAGUCUCUUGGUUAUUUUUGUGAUGAUCUUCAUUAGUUGGAGCGUUCCUGCUGUUUUUGCAUUUGGAAUGAUCUUUCUGGAGCUAAACUUCAAAGGAGCUGAAGAGAUAUAUUACAAACACAUUCACUGCAGGGGGGGCUGCACUGUCUUCUUUAGCAAAAUAACAGGGGUACUGGUCUUUAUGAUUUCUUUCUAUAUACCCGGGUCUGUUAUGUUGUGUGUCUAUUGUAGAAUAUAUUUCAUAGCUAAAGAGCAGGCAAAAUCAAUUAAAGGUACAAAUCCGAAACUUCAGACUGGAUUGGAAGUGAAAAACGGAAUCUUACAAAGCAAAGAAAGGAAAGCUGCGACGACGUUAGGGCUCUUGUUGGGCGUUUUCUUAAUAUGCUGGUGCCCUUUCUUCGUCAGCACAGUCAUGGACCCUUUCCUGAACUAUCUCGUUCCACUGACUUUGAAUGAAGCACUGAUUUGGUUUGGCUACUUGAACUCUACUUUGAAUCCAAUGGUUUACGCAUUUUUCUAUCCCUGGUUCAGAAAAGCACUGAAGACCAUUUUAAUUGGUAAAAUUUUCCGAAAAGAUUCAUCCAGAUGUAAAAUAUUUUUAGACUCAAAUCCAUGAAAUUAUUAUAUUUUGCUGGUCUGCAAAACAUUUGAUGAUCGUAUUUAUGAACACAGUAUCACCAACCACGUGUACUAACCACGUGGGUCUUAUAUCAGCAAUUCCAUUCAAAGUUCCUAGGGAGAGUUAAAUUAUGAUGCUUAUUUCUCAUUUCCUAUUUGAGACAAGGUGGGUAUGAUGUUUGACCUUCUUCGUGUACACACUGAAGUUUUGCAACGUCACCAUUUAAGGGCCUACAUGUUAAAGAACGUCGUCUGUCUCUGGAUGGAGUGUUAUAAACUGACAGUGGUCCAGACUCACCUGUUCAAUAAGGCUGUGUGUGGGGAUGUAAAUUAGAAUGAUUUUGUUACAGAUGUGUAUAUGAUUGUCAUAUUUGUAUAGUUCAUGGUUCCUCCAUCUCUGUAGGCUCUGCUCCUGUGAAUUUAGCAAUCUCAGGUAAAAAAAUUGUAAAUAAAAAUUUAUAUCUAUGCAGAACUAAAUAGUAAAGACCUUUUUCCCUUGUCACCAUUCUCUAAAGAGUUCAGCAUAACUACUUACCCAGUGCUUACAUCAAGUUGGGUGUAAUAUGUAAUGUAGAGAUGAUUGAUAGUAUAUGAGAUGAACACAGGUUGUUUGCAAAUACUUGCCAUGUUACACAUGGGACUUGGAUAGAUGGAUUUGAGUGUCUGCUGGGGAGCCUGGGACCCAUCCACAAAGAUCCUGAAGGACAACUGUCUGUUUAUAUUUUCAUAAAUUCAACUAAAAGUACAUAUUGCUAUUACUAGUUGUGAACACAUUUGUUAUUUAUGCACUUAUUAAUAUAUACUCCCAUCCUGAAGCAUCUAGCUCUUCAUCUCUACAAAAUAACUUUUUUUCUGGCUCUCAUGUUUGUGAAUAAUUUUGAAAAUAAAACAAACUACAA